GUUGCAUGUACUUUCAUCCUAUCAACCCUUGUUUCUUUCUUCUGUUUCUAUAUUUCUUUCCAAAAAUGGCUCUAGCUGGCAAACUUAUUACUGAGCUUGGUAUCAAAACACCUGCUGACAAGUUCUUUAAACUGUUUGCAUCAGAACUUCACGAAUUGCAAAAUCAUUGUGAACAUAUUCAUGAAGCCAGGCUGCAUGAAGGUGAUGACUGGCAUGACACUGAUUCGGUUAAACACUGGACAUACGUCAUAGAUGGUGAGGUACACACAUGUCAUGAGACUAUUGAAGAAGUUGAUGAAGAGAACAAAAAAAUGACCUGGAAGAUGUUUGGUGGAGAUAUUGACAAGCACUAUAAGGUCUUUAAGCUCAUCCUUGAAGUAAGUGAUAAGGCUGAUGAUGGUACUGCUGUUGUUAAAUGGACUGUUGAAUACGAGAAGAUUAAUGAGGAUGCCAAUCCUCCAAAUGCUCACAUGGAUUUCUUACGCAAAAAUACUGAAGACGUUGAGGCUAAUCUUGUCAAGGAAAUGUAGCUCUAUAAGACAUUAAGAAAUAAGGAUUUAAAUGCAUGUGGUUUUCUUUAAGUGUUCAUCUUUAUAAUAAAUUAGAGUGAUGUUUGUAAUAUUGGCUUAUUGUUGCAUAUGCAUAAUGACUUCUCUUGUGCUUCAUGUUGCAUUGAAGUUGUUACUUGUUAAGACUACUUAAAUAUGAUUGCAGAUGUUUGUGAUGCAAAGAACUAAUGAAUAUUUUUCUUUUUAGUUUA